GGAGCCGCGGCCCCGCCAUGGGCACAGCUGCGGGCUGGACGCCGCUUCGCGCCGCCGGGGAGCGGAGGAGAGAGAGCGGAGCGGAGCGCGGCGAGGGAGGCAGAUGCGUUGCUGUUCCCGUAGAGCCUUCGCCGCUUCGCCCCAGGCCGUCGUGAGCGCGCCGGGAGGAUCAUGACCGAAGCCCUCAUCUCUGCUGCUCUGAACGGGACGCAGCCCGAGCUGCUGGCCGGCGGCUGGGCCGCGGGGAACGCCACCACCAAGUGCUCCCUGACCAAAACGGGCUUCCAGUUCUACUACCUGCCCACCGUCUACAUCCUCGUCUUCAUCACCGGGUUCUUGGGCAACAGCGUGGCCAUUUGGAUGUUCGUCUUCCACAUGCGGCCGUGGAGUGGCAUCUCGGUGUACAUGUUCAACCUGGCGCUGGCUGACUUCCUGUAUGUCCUCACGCUGCCCGCCCUCAUCUUUUACUACUUCAACAAAACCGACUGGAUCUUCGGGGAUGUCAUGUGCAAACUGCAGAGGUUCAUUUUCCACGUGAACCUCUACGGCAGCAUUCUGUUCCUCACGUGCAUAAGCGUGCACAGGUACACGGGCGUCGUGCACCCGCUGAAGUCUCUGGGGAGGCUGAAGAAGAAGAACGCUGUGUAUGUCAGCUCACUGGUGUGGGCCCUGGUGGUGGCCGUCAUCGCGCCCAUCCUCUUCUAUUCAGGGACGGGGGUGAGGAGGAACAAAACCAUCACGUGCUACGACACCACGGCCGACGAGUACCUGCGGAGCUACUUCGUGUACAGCAUGUGCACCACGGUGUUCAUGUUCUGCAUCCCCUUCAUCGUCAUUCUUGGCUGCUACGGGCUGAUCGUGAAAGCUCUGAUCUACAAGGACCUGGACAACUCUCCUCUGCGGAGGAAGUCCAUCUACCUGGUCAUCAUCGUGCUGACGGUCUUCGCUGUCUCCUACCUCCCCUUCCACGUGAUGAAGACCCUGAACCUGAGGGCCAGGCUGGAUUUCCAGACGCCGCAGAUGUGUGCCUUCAACGACAAGGUGUACGCCACCUACCAGGUGACACGGGGGCUGGCCAGCCUCAACAGCUGCGUCGACCCCAUCCUCUACUUCCUGGCCGGGGACACCUUCCGCCGGCGGCUCUCCAGGGCCACCCGCAAGUCGUCCCGGAGGAGCGAGCCCAACGUGCAGUCCAAGAGCGAGGAGAUGACGCUCAAUAUUUUGACAGAGUACAAGCAGAACGGGGACACCAGUUUGUGAACGGAUGUGAAAGGUGUGGGGACUCCUUUUUGCAGUAACGCUGCAUCCUGACACCUCCGGACAGCCCUGCGCACGCGUGUGUCGGGAUGGUCUGCCAUCCCCAUUCAUUUUAGAUAAAGGCUCUUUUUCUAAGAUUAGAAAAAGCUUAACACAGUAAGUGGAAGAAUUUUAAUCUUAGUGGAGAAUAACAUGUCAGAAUUCAGCUCUCCUGCUCCUUGCAGAGUUCUCAUUUCUUUCUGACUUGUGUCAGAUGAAGUAAAAUGAAGCAAAUCCCCUGAAGGAAGAGAGCAAUCAAAGUGCUUCUGUUUUAAUGGCUCAGACUCCCACACUCCAAAAGGAUCUUCGCCCGCCUCCCUUGCAAACAGGAAAUGCAGACGAGGAGCUCAGCACGGCCCCCGGAGCUGCCCCUUUGGUAGCUGCCCACGGCCCCGGCGCGACUGCCGGCUCUGCGCGCCGAGCGCUGCCGCUCCUU